CACAGACCUCAGGACGGAUCUGAACUCACCGUGACUGAUCACCAUGAAGAUGCUGGCGCUGCCUCUUCUCAUCACUUUACUGCACUGUCCCGUCUCUCUGUCAGUGAUAGUAAGCAGCAGUAAACCCAAAGUGGAAGUCCACGAGCACACAGAUGCUGUGCUCGCCUGUGAGUUCAAGACGGAGAAAGAUCAGAACCCUCGAAUCGAGUGGAAGAAGAAAGGAAAGGGGGUGACAUUUGUUUAUUUUAAUCACAAAUUUACUGGGUCUUAUGCCGGACGGGCGAAGGUGGAGGGAGCGACGCUGACGAUACACUCAGUAACUCAGAAAGACUCGGGGGAAUACCGCUGUGAGGUUACUGCCAGCGAGGACCACGUCAACCUCGGAGAAGCAACUGUAACCCUCAAUGUGCUCGUGCCUCCUCACAUCCCGUCGUGCGAGGUGCCGAGCUCGGUGUUUGUGGGCUCCGGCCUGGAGCUCCUCUGUAAGGACAAACUCAGUGUGCCUCCUGCCACCUACCGCUGGUACAAAGACAACAGAGCUCUCACGACCACAGCAGAUACUCCAUACAGCGUCGACACAAACAAAGGCACACUGAAGUUCAAGAGCGUGUCCAAAACAGAUGCAGGGAUGUACCGCUGUGAGUCCUCCAACAGCGUGGGGGCGCCAAAGAGCUGUGUGGCCAAACAGCUGAAAGUUAUUGAAUAUCCUUUGAAUAUGACGAUUCUAAUAGCGGGGGCUGCAGGUUUUCUGGCGCUCAUCCUUUUCUGCUGCAUCUGUGUGUGUGUCUGCCGACGCCAAGGCUGCUGCAAGAAGGACAAGAAAACAAAAAGCACCAAGUCCUACAGCCCUCCUCCUCCUCCUCCUCCUCCUCCCAUCCGCAACAUCAAACACUACAAGCAGGCUCACUCCUUCAUGAUCUGAGGGGGAAACUCUCUCCCACAGUCUAAAGUGAAUACUCUCCACUCAACGCACC